AUGGCCGACGCCGAGAGAGGCACCACGCUCGAUGAUGAAAAGGUCAUUUCGCAGCAUAAAGAGCAUAUGAUGGGAGAUGUCACCCAUGGCGCAGCAGAAAGGGGCCAGCUUGCGACAGAUGAAAAUGGUCAGCCUCUGGUAGAAUUUGACAAGGCCGCCGAGUCGCGAUUGCGACUCAAAAUUGAUUUAUACAUUGUUCCAACCGUCGCAGUCAUGUAUCUCUUUUGUUUCAUCGAUCGAGCAAAUGUUGGCAACGCCAAAUUGGCUGGUUUCGACAAAGACCUCAAACUCGAGGGCUAUGACUAUAAUGCCGUGCUCUCGAUCUUCUUUGUCUCAUAUAUUGUCUUUGAAAUCCCCAGCAAUCUCAUGUGCCAAUGGAUCGGGCCUGGAUGGUGGCUUCCAGGGAUCACAUUGGGCUUCGGUGUUUGUUCGGUCGCCACGGCAUUUGUCACUGAUAUGAGCAGCGCAGCCGGUGUCCGAUUCCUUUUGGGUCUAUUUGAGGCAGGACUCAUGCCUGGAAUUGCGUACUACCUCUCACGUUGGUAUAGACGAAGUGAACUUGCCUUCCGCCUGUCGUUGUAUAUUGUCAUGGCUCCCCUUGCUGGGGCGUUCGGUGGCCUUCUAGCCUCGGGUAUUCUCCUGCUUGAUAGUUUUGGUUCUCUUCACAGCUGGCGUAUGAUCUUCGCGAUUGAAGGCAUUGUCACGAUUGGGAUUGCUGUCGUCGCAUUCUUCACAUUGACUGACCGACCUGCAACAGCCAAAUGGCUCUCCCAGGAAGAGAAGGAUCUGGCCAUUGCCCGUGUCAAAUCGGAACGUAUUGGCGCGACAGAGGUCCUCGACAAGUUUGACAUGGCCAAGACACUACGUGGUAUCUUCAGCCCAGUGACAUUAGUAACUGCGUUAAUCUUCGGGUUGAACAACAUUACUGUUCAGGGUCUUGGGUUCUUUGCACCUACCAUUGUCAAAACUAUCUACCCCAAUGCCACUGUGGUGUCUCAACAGCUACACACAGUGCCUCCUUAUAUCGUCGGUGCAUUUUUCACUUUGCUGUUACCCUACCUCAGCUGGCGGUUCGAUCAGCGCCUCAUCUUCUUCGUUAUCGGCCCGCCGCUGAUGAUGACUGGUUAUAUCAUGUUCCUGGCUAGUGAAGACAGUAUGGUACGAUAUGGGGCCACCUUUAUUAUAGCGUGUGGGGCCUAUGCCUUCGGCGCCCUAUGUAAUGCACACGCAUCGGCAAAUGUGAUCUCUGACACCGCGAGGUCUUCAGCUAUUGGAACGGUGGUGAUGUUCGGAAAUAUUGGCGGACUCAUCAGCACCUGGUCGUUUUUGCCAUUUGACGGACCCAACUAUCCUAUUGGUAAUGGCCUUAACUUGGCAACUUCAACUACCACCCUCAUUCUUGGGAUUGGUCUUUGGGUUUAUAUCAAAUGGGACAAUCGGCGCCGCGAGCGCAUCGAUGUCCACAGCGCCUUGGCAGGAAUUUCGCAGCAACAGAUUCAGGAUAUGGACUGGCGCAACCCUGCGUUCCGCUGGCGAUCAUAA